UUACAUAUAUUUAUAAGGCUCCAUUCUCCAUAUCAUUAUGAAGAAUGAAAUUUUGUGGAUAAUAGUGGCAUGCAUUUGUUGCAUUGCAGUAUUGUUAACCCUAUUCAAAAUAUACAAUAAAUUAACCGUAGGAGUAUGUAAAAGUGAUAAGAGAUUGGAUGAACAAGUCAUAAUUGUCACCGGCGCUAAUACAGGCAUUGGUAAGGAGACAGCUUUAGAUUUUGCGAGAAGAGGAGCAAAAGUUAUUUUAGCGUGUAGGGAUCUAGUAAAAGCUCACAAGGCGAAAGAAGAAAUAGUGGAAAUUACGAAAAAUAGAAAUGUGGUGGUUCGACACUUGGAUUUAGCCUCUUUGAAGAGUGUCAGAAAAUUUGCAAGCGAAAUAAUUGACACAGAAAGCAGAUUAGAUGUUUUGGUUAAUAAUGCAGGCGUGGGGACAAAAUGCUUGACGAGAAAACCGAGGAUGGUCUCGAUUUGUGUUUACAAGUCAAUCACUAUGGACACUUUUUACUGACAAAUUUAUUAAUUGGUUUACUAAAAAAGUCAGCCUAGUCGAAUUGUCCACGUAUCCUCAAUAUUGCACAUAUUUGGAUCCUUAGAUUUUAAUAAUAUGAAUUUUGAUAAUACACCUUUUUAUUUUAUUGUUAGAUAUUUUAGAAUUCUUUUUGUAU